CAAUUGUCUUCCACGUUUCAUAAACGACGCAGAAUGAAUGAUGUGUUUUAAAUGUAGCACUGCAUUGCUUUAUCUAACAUUUAUUAACGUUAUGUGAGUAGUGAGUAACAGAAUGAAAACACGAGUAACAUUAAAGACUCGUCUCAUUUCCAUUCUUGAGAUAAAGGACAAAACGUGUCCUACACACAAAAGCUCUCUUUAUGUUAAAAAUAAAUACAUUCAUAAAAAUAAAAAUGCUUAAAAUGUUACAUCUAAAGGAAAUCUGGAUACUUCCAGACCAAAUUCAUUGCUUUUAUUUAAAAAAAAAAAAAAAUGUGUUAGUGUUAUUUUUAAUACAUGAUCUAUACUUGGAAAACAUAUGUAAUUAUUUUGUCUUUAGCAUGAGGUAAAAUUGCCAAACAAAGUGUUUAAUGCAACAAAUUAAAAAUAUAUACAUUUAAAUUGAAAGACCUGUAAUAUAUCAAACAAUAAAAUAAGUCUUGAAUUCUAUUUUUCCCAUAAAUGCCUAUCAAAGUUGUGUUCUCAUUUUGCAUCAACGCUCUCAGGAUUUGUUAUAAUUCUAUUUUUUAUAUUUUAUACAAUGUUGAAGUCUCUGCAGUAACAGCUUUAACAUGUCAACUCCUUCAUCCUGGUGUAACAGUUUCUGUAAACAGUUGUGGGAUAAAUCUGGGCAUUUUUGAUCUGUUUAUUAAGGCCGCUACAACUGAGAAAGAAAACUAAAUUGCUCCACUGUACAACAUGUGGUUAAGGUGGAAGAAAAAUCAGUUUUGUCAGUCAGCUGGACCUUUGUCAACACCGUCAGUGAUGCUGCCUUCACCCACUCUCGGGAUUAUCGUAAAUACGAAUUUCUGAGAGUGUCCAAAAACUCCUGGUGAAGUGACUGACAUACAUUAUAAAGAUGGAGUUUAUUAAACUGGAAAGUGAAGAUAUGAAGAUUGAAGAAGUAUUCAGUUUGAAACAUGAAGAUACUAAGGAACAAACAAAGAUGGAGUUUAUUAAAGAGGAGAGUGAAGAUAUGAAGAUUGAAGAAACAUUCAGAGUGAAAAAAGAAGAAACUGAGGAACAAACAGACCUGAUGGGACUGAAAGAGGAUCAAGAACUGAAAGAAACAGACGAGAAGGAUCAAUAUAGGAGACAUGAUUUCAUGGAUGUAGAAAAAUCCACACAGACUGAAACAACUUCAUCACAAAAUAAAAAUCAGAAAACCAAAUCUAACAGUGACUUCGCUUUCACCUGCUCUCGCUGUGGAAAGAGUUUUACUCAAAAACCUAACCUUAAAAUCCACAUGAGAACUCACACUAAAGAGAAGCCUUACACAUGCCAACAGUGUGGAAUGAGUUUCAGUCAGAAAGCAAACCUUAAUUCCCACAUGAAAAUUCACACUGGAGAGAAGCCGUUCACAUGUGAUCAGUGUGGAAAGAGUUUCCGACUUAAAUCAACCCGUAAUUCACACAUGAAGAUUCACACUGGAGAGAAGCCUUUCACAUGUCAACAGUGUGGACUGAGUUUCACUAAAAAAGGAAACCUUAAACAACACAUGAAAAUUCACACUGGAGAGAAGCCGUUCACAUGUCAACAGUGUGGAACGAGUUUCAGACUUAAAUCAACCCGUGAUUCACACAUGAAAAUUCACACUGGAGAGAAGCCUUUCAGAUGUGAUCAGUGUGGAAAGAGUUUCAAACAUGAAGUAACCCUUAGUUUCCACAUGAACAUUCACACUGGAGAGAAGCCAUUGCAUAUGAUCAUUGUGGAAAGAGUUUCCUACAUAAAGUAACCCUUAAUUUCCACACAAAGACAAAACACUCAGGUGAGAACUGUUUUGUGUGUCAUUAGUGUGGAAAGAGUUUCAGUUGUGAAGCAACCCGCGAUUCAUACAUGAAGUUAGAAUUGCAUUCCACACAUAAAUCCACAGAAAUGCAUUAUUCAGUACUGUAAAGUGACAUGACUGGGGGAUUUUUUUCCAUGCACUGCAUGCAAACGUGAUUUAUAAACAACAAUAAUUAAUUGGUGGUGUGUCAUAGAGGGAAGGUAUGUUCCAUCUAGAUGGUUGCAGCAUGGGGACUACAAACCAAGAUGGCCAACCCAUCUGGGGACUACACUUGCCAGGUUCCUUGGCGGUGGAAGCACUGUUGCAAGCGAAGGAGAAAAGUUGAGAACAGAGAGACGUUCCCUGCGUUCCAUGCCUAUGCCCUAAUCCCUUGAAAGGGUUUACCCUCCGGAGUGAGAGCUUCGAAGGGAUGAAGGGUGUAGGGGUCAAAAACUCUUUUUUUUUGGAACGCACUUCUGCGUCAUCUUAACGAGACAAUCAAGGAGGGGCCUUCGUCUUUUUUCCCCUGGUUUACCCUUUGUAUUAAAACACAUUCAUUUACUGUAGUAACAUUAUAAGCUACUGCCGGUCUUUUAUGUUAAAUUUAAUGUAUAUUGUGUGUAUGUAUUUGAAACGUUUGAAUGGACUAAUAAAGGGAGCUGUAAAGUA